AGACGAGAUGGAGAACUGGUUAAAGAUGCCCAAGUGUCAACACAUUACGGGGACCAAAUGCGAAUUCUCUUUACGGGCUGCAGAUAUUUUCACCUACACGAAGUUUCGUGUGAGAGCUGAGAAAGGAAAGCGCACUUCUUCGUGGAAUGAGGUCGAGCGGUUCAUUCCAUUUCAGAGAGCUCACAUUGGCCCCCCGGGAGUACGUUUGGAAGCUGAAGACAAAGCUAUAGUAGUCCACAUCUCUCAACCCGGAGAAGGUGGGAAGAUGUGGGCAGCCGAAACUUACAACUUCAAGUACCAGAUAGUGUUCUGGCAGAAGUCUUCAGGUGUGACCCAAAAUGUUACAACUAAGUAUUGCAUAGAAAAGAUUUUAAAACUGUCACCAGAGACUACUUACUGUUUAAAAGUUGAAGCCAUACAUCUGUCCCUCGGGAAGCAGAGCAACUUCAGUGAGGUGCAGUGUAUAAACACCACAAGUAAGCGUGAACUCUUGACCUUAGAGACAAAUAGAUUGCCUGUGCCAGAAAACCUAGAAGUGGAUGCCCAGGGUGAGAGCUAUGUACUCAGCUGGGACUAUGCAUCUCGAAACGUGAGCUUCAGAGCAGAGUGGCUCCCGCGCUAUUUAAAAAGUGUUCCUGAAGGAUGUUCAGGUCCAUGGAGACCAGUGCCUGCCUGUGCAAAUGUCCAGACUCCACGCUGUGUCUUUCCUCAAAACACCACCCACACAAAUACGUUCUUCCUCCGGGUACAAGCCUCAUGUGGAAACAACACAUCUUUCUGGUCUGAAGAGAAACUUAUUGAUUCCCAAGAAUACACUGUCAUUCGUCCUCCAACCGUUGUCAUCACUUUCACUGGGGAAUCUCUGCUUGUCAAUGUGAGCUGUCAGGACAGUUCCAGCAAGUGUCAGGGACUAACUUACGAAAUAAAUUUUUGGGAAAUCUCUUCAAACACUAAGAGAAAAGUGAUGCAGAGUAGCCCAGAGUUCACCAUCAUGAACCUGCCGCCGCUGACUGUGUACUGCGUGGAAGCGAGAGUGUACCCCUUUGCCUCGCAGCACAGGAGCAGCAACUUCAGUAACAGGGUGUGUGAGAAAACAAGGGCAGGGAAUUCUCCUGUAAUCUGGGCCGUGACUGGACUUGGCAUUCUGUUUUUUUGUGCCCUGGUCUUUUAUGCUGGGAAGAGCAUCCUGAAAGACCUCAGCCAUGUCUUUUCAUCACCCAAGCCUCCCCCAAGUAUCCAUGAGCUUUUCUCUGAGCCACCUUCAAAAAACCUUCUGCUUUUGACUCCUGAGGAGCACACCGAGAGGUGCUUCAUCAUCGAGAGCGCAAACCUGGUUACUGUAGCAGAAGAAAACCAUGCGCCUGAGGAAGAUCACAGAAAGUACAGUUUCCAGACCAGCCAGGACUCGGGGAACUACUCUAACGAAGAGGAAGGUACCGGGAGUGAGAGCAGCCAAGGGCUCAGGCCAUAGGACUGAGUCUGCCCGCAGUGGGCUCUUUCAGAGUUCCGUGUGGGAAGGCCAAGGAACACGCCUUUGUCCUCCUGGGACUUGAGAGAGGGCGGCUGCUCCUUGGGAAAGGAGGAGCAUCUUCAGAGCCCAGGCCUGCAGAUGCGGCAGCUCUCCACCGCUGAUGUGGAGGGGCAGGGUCUGGAGUGAUGGACCUUCGUCUGUGAGGAGACAGGCCUCACUGAAGGUGGCCGCCCAUUUCUGCUGCCAGCUGAAGUCCCGGGGUGCUGUCUUGUGCCACAGCAGUGGCCCGUUGCUGCGUAUGCCAUCUGGUGUUCUCCCACUGUUCAUUUUCUAGAAGAAAUCCAGAACAUUCGGCUUUUUACUACUGCCGUAGCCCCUAAGGUGUCUCAAAGGUGCUAUUGUCUGCACUGGCACUUCCUAACCCCUGACUUGCCACAGCAGUGGCGUCUGACUAGAACUCAGAAGGGGCUGAAGCAGUGGAGAGGGGAACUCUCCAAGCAGAGGAGUUGGCGUUACAUAGUGGAUAGGCUGUCUAGCACUUGUAGGAGCAGAAGAUGCCGGCAGCAGACGGAAGUGAAAUCAUUGCGGAAGGAGUAAGCUGGAGCACCACUGACAGCCCAUGCCGGCUUCUGUAUGUAGCUUUUCUUUGUUCCUCUGUAAACCAGGCCAACCUCUCCCGUCCAGCAGUAUUCAGGGACCCUGUCUCAGAAUCCGUGUAGCUAAAGAAACAGUGUCAAAUACUAAGGCGAAGGAAGAGUUGAUUGUGUACCGCCAUCUGCAGGUGCCUGUAACUAACUUUACAUUGCUGCUCAUGAGUGUCUAUUGUAGGCAGGUCAUCUAAUGGUCCCUGUUGUGUUCCUUUCCCAGCGCCUACGAAUGGAUGAGUUUUUACAGACAGGUGUAGAUACAUGUAUGUACAUGUAUAUAAAGUACAGAGCCCAGCAGGCUAUGAUACUUCAGACAACCUUGUAUUUCUCCUGGGCCCUGGGGGCAUGUGUUACCGAAGCCCCCCACCCCCAGUGUAGCCUUGUGUACCUGGCCUGCUUGGUUCCUUCGGUGUCUGUCUCCCCUCUAGUGCAAAAGCUUCACGCAGGGACCAAGUUCCCCACUGUGACCCAACCCCAUCAUAGUGUGGUACUCGGCACAGAUGUCUUGUCCUUUUGUCUAUCUGCCUGAGUGUCUGCCGCUGCCAUGGUUUCACAGAACAAACACUGGAGCCAACACUCGGGGUUUUGGCAGGUGCUACUUUGAAGUUGGCUUCUGUGUGCCAGGGGUGCUGAGACGAAGCCCUCCAAAGACAUUCCCAGCAGCAGGACACUGCGGACGGUGCCCUCCAAAGACAUUCCCAGCAGCAGGACACUGCGGACGGUGUCCUGUGGGCAGCAGCCCUGCACAUGGCGUCACGAGGUGAGCUGUGUAGGACUGUUGCCCUCUGGCUUCCUGGAUCCAGACUGCUCACCCUUGCCAGUGUCUGUGUCACCUGUCCCUUCCUCUCAUGUGUCCUGAGAUCCCUUCUGCUUGGAGGGUGAACACAACUCGUAUUUGUCAGUUUCCUUCCUCGCUGUGGAGGAAAUAGAAAAUUUAUCAUCUUUAUUCCUAAAUGUCCUGUUACUUAAUUAUAGUGACAGACCCUAUUGCCUCCAGGCUUUGAUUGAUGGCGCUCCUGCCUCAGCUCCCAAGUGCUCAGAUCACUGGCUGUGGCCUGACUCUUCCUAGGUGAACAUGAAGAAACGUCACCGUCCAAGGUCAGGCACCAGCAACAGAGCAAAGAGAGGGUGCCACCCAAGUCCGCGCUUCUCAGCCUGUGGGUCGCAACCCCUUUUCAGUCAGCGCUUUCAUAGGGGUCUAAUAUGGGUUACCCUGGAUAUCAGAUGUUUAACUAUGAUUCAUAACAGCAAAAUUAUAGUUAUGAAACUGCAGUGAAAUAAUGUUAUGGUUGGGGUCACCACACAUGAAGAACUGAAUUAAGGGGUCCCAGCGUUAGGAAGGUGGAGAACCAGUGCCCUGCAGCUCAGGUGAGGACUGGAAAGCUGUAUCUCAGCGCCCCCUGUCGGACUCACAGGCAGCUCUGCUGGGGGUCUCUUCUUCCUGAGGGACAGUUCCCUGCUUUCAUCCCCUCAGCAAGGGCUCGCUGAUCCCAUGACUUCCUGAGCCUUGGAAGAGUUCCUUGCUUCCUAAAUUUUGGAAGCUUCCCUCAUCUCUCCAGUAGGGAAUGUUUCAAUUCAUUAUAUCCAAAACUCACACUGGGCAGUGGUGGCGCACAAGCACUCAAGAGGCA